UAGACAAUUUCAGUUUCCUUAUUAAACUGGAGAAUUUUUUUGUGCAAGUUUACGCUGAAUGUAUCCGAAUCGUCCCCCAAAUAUUGGAUUUAAUCCAAACUUGGGCUCUUCAUACAUACAGUCCACCACUCAAAGACCUCAGCAUUCUAUGAUAAGACCGAUAGGCUUUACUUCGCCGGCCUCUCCACCUCCUGCGUUUAGCACGCCUGCUCUUAAUUAUUAUAAUUCGAGUAUUUAUUCAGGAAACAUGGGAUCAAUUGGUUUUCAAGCUGAAGUCAGUCCAACUGAGCCCGCUGGAGCGGCCCCUCCGAUUUCUAAUCCAAAUUAUAUACGUUAUUCAUCUAAUGACAGCUUAAAUUAUCACAAUAAUAAUAGCUAUUCUAAUAAUAACACUGUUUAUAAAAAUUAUGAAACACCAUCAGAUAACAACUAUAGUAAUAGCGGUAGAUGCAAAACAAGUGGCUAUGUGAGUUUUGAUGAUAAUAAAUAUUAUAGUAAUCCAAUUUUUCGAUCUUCCGGUUAUGCAACUGGUCAUAGUAAAUUUGUAAAUUUUGUUCCUAAUAAUCCCCAAGUACAACCUUACGGCCCUAUAACCCCCACUUAUACUCCUGUUGCAAAGGAGGUUUACUACUCAAAAGUCGGGUUGUUGUCGUUAAGGACAGCAGUGGAGGAGAAAAUUCAACGUUUUAUAAAAACCGCUGAAGUUUCUCUUAAUCUGAUUUCCCGUUCUGCCAUUAUCGAUUCGGUUAUAGACGAGAUGCGUCAGUUGGCGAAAGUAUACGAGAGUGAAGGCCGCAAAUACGAAACGGAGACGCACAAACUUUUUACUAAACUGAAUAACAUCAGCCACCUUCCCGUUGAUGAUGUUGUUAUAAUAAGCACUCCUUUGCAUAAACAGAUUGUUAAUAAAGAAUGCGAGAUUAAAACUAUUGAGGAUGUUACUUAUCUUCUUAGUAACGCUCUGAAUAGAAAAGCAAUAAACUUUACUGACUUUAUUGUGACUGUUCGAAAAAAGGCUCACCAGUUGUUCCUAUCAAAAGCUUUACUAUUACUUGCAAAGGAAAAAGCGAAGCAAUUGAAGAAUAAAAAUGUUUGA